AUGGCUUCCAUAUGGUUCAUCUUUGGUGCAAUUGCUGGUGCUCUUUUGGUCCUAAGAUAUCUCCUCAAGCGUGUGAAUUGGUUGCUCUAUGAAGCAAAACUUGGUGACAAGCAAUACACUUUGCCACCAGGUGACAUGGGAUGGCCAAUAAUCGGGAACAUGUGGUCAUUCCUUAGGGCUUUCAAGUCCAAUAAACCAGAUUCUUUCAUGGAUUCUAUCGUCAAGAGGUUUGGAAACACAGGCAUAUACAAGGUAUUCAUGUUUGGAUUCCCAAGUGUAAUUGUGACAUCACCAGAAGCAUGCAAGAAAGUUUUAACAGAUGAUGAAAAUUUUGAACCUGGCUGGCCACAAUCAACGGUCGAAUUAAUCGGCGAAAAAUCGUUCAUCAAAAUGCCAUUUGAAGAACAUAGAAGACUUAGACGUUUAACAUCGGCUUCGAUCAAUGGCUACGAGGCACUUUCAGUGUACUUGAAAUAUAUUGAAGAAAUUGUGAUUAGUUCAUUGGAAAAAUGGACUCAAAUGGGUGAAAUAGAGUUCUUAACUCAAAUGAGAAAACUCACUUUUAAGAUUAUUAUUCAUAUUUUCCUUGGUUCAGAAAGUGAACCGGUUAUGGAAGCUUUGGAAAGAGAAUAUACAGUUCUUAACCUUGGUGUUAGAGCUAUGAGAAUUAAUAUUCCUGGAUUUGCUUUCCAUAAAUCACUUAAGGCUAGGAAAAAUCUUGUGGCUAUAUUUCAAUCAAUUGUGGACAAGAGAAGAGAUGAAAGGAGAGGAAAAAAACCAGUACCGGGUCAAAAAGCCAAAGAUAUGAUGGAUUCAUUGAUAGAUGCUGUUGAUGAAAAUGGAAGAAAAUUGGGUGAUGAUGAAAUCAUUGAUAUCAUGUUGAUGUACUUGAAUGCUGGUCAUGAAUCUUCAGGACAUAUCACCAUGUGGGCUACCUAUUUCUUGCAAAGGCAUCCUGAAUUUUUCCGAAAGGCUAAGGAAGAACAAGUUGAAAUGCUUAAGAGAAGGCCUCCAUCACAAAAAGGGUUGAAACUAGAGGAUGUUAGAAAAAUGGAAUAUCUUUCUAAGGUGAUUGAUGAAACAAUGAGAGUGGUUACUUUCUCGCUUAUGGUCUUUCGCCAGGCGAGGGCCGAUGUCAAAGUUAAUGGUUACCUCAUUCCAAAGGGAUGGAGAGUGCUUACUUGGUUCAGAUCAGUUCACUUUGAUUCUGAACUUUAUCCUGAUCCAAGGGAGUUCAAUCCUGAAAACUUUAGUGUGGUGCGAAAGGCUGGUGAGUUCCUUCCAUUUGGAGCAGGAACUAGAUUGUGCCCUGGCAAUGAUCUUGCCAAGCUGGAAAUCUCAGUUUUCCUUCACCAUUUCCUCCUCAAAUAUGAACUUGAACAGCUUAACCCAAAAUCUCCCAUAAGAUUCUUACCACACACAAGGCCAUUGGACAACUGUUUGGCAAGGAUCAAGAAGCAAGCAGCUGCAUGA